GAAUAAGAAAAAAGCAUUGUUAAAUAAUCACAGGACCUACCUAAAAAUACUGUAGCUAUACUUUAGCUCAAUUCUCAUAUAUCAUUUUGUAUAGUCUCAUAUGAAGAUGCAAAAUGAAUAUUGAAAAAUUAUUUAUUAAUGAACUACUGGUGACUCACUUAAUUAGAGUAAGAAAGAAUAAAUUCCAUAAACUAGCAAGUGAUUGUAAAAAUUAUAAAAUUAUUGAAUGUGAUUUAAGAAAAAUUACAAAAAAAAUUCUAAUAAUCAAUUGGAAUUAGUAAAGAUGAAUUAGAGACAACCCUAAAAACUAU